GGUUCCGAGAGGGUGGGAAAUGAUUCACGGGCUGUGAAUAUUCUCAAGAAGGAAAACAUAUUUUAUUACCAUGGAAUACGUUACAAUAUACGUUUAGACGCGCUUUUCUCUGUUUGAAGGUGGUCGGUUGCGAUCGUGUGUAAUAUUCGCGGAAAUAUAAGCGUUUCCUACCCGCUGCGGUUCUGUUGGGCUGCUGAAGCUGAGCUGCGUCUUAACAAAACCAGUAGCGUACUGAUUUACGGUUAGUGUCUGUCCGUCUAAAAAAUGCCACGGGAUAAUAAGACUUCUCUCAUUCAGAAAAUAGCCAGGCAAGCCAGUCUUACAUUUACGGAUCUAAGUCAGUCCAACAUUGGGGACAACAAAGACCUUAUCACGUUGCUGACCGAAGUCAGGGCAGCUGACCUGAAAAUCGCGCCGCGAAAACCGAACGGGUCCAAGUCCAACCAUAAACCACCCGUCACGUACAUGCACAUAUGCGAGACUCAGUCUUUUAGUAUGGGCGUGUUUCUACUGGACAGUGGAGCCACUAUCCCGCUCCAUGACCACCCGGGGAUGAACGGGAUGCUCAAGGUGCUCUAUGGAAAGGUCCGCAUCAGGUGUUUUGACAAGUUGGGUAAAUCUCCGGACCAAGCGGAGAGUCAGACCCAGUUCGUUCCCCCUCUGCAACCGUUCCAGAAGGACUCAAUCUGGCGGGCUGUGCUCCGGGCCACCGUGUGGUACUCCGAGGACAGUGGUCCGUGUCUCUUAACCCCGCAGAGGGAGAACCUACACCAGAUUGACGCGGUGGAAGGACCAGCAGCCUUCCUUGACAUACUGGCACCUCCCUACGACCCUGAAGACGGGAGGGACUGCCAUUAUUAUAAAGUGCUACAGACUGUUCCCGACGCGGUCAGGAAGGCAGAGCAGCAAGAGGAGGAGUCAUGGUUACUAGAGAUACCACAACCUGAUGACUUCUGGUGCGGGGGUGAACCGUACCCGGGGCCCAAGGUCUCCUUUUAAUAUCUGUAAAGGAAGGAUACUCGUGAACAUAUAAAAGCCACCACGUUACUUUCAAAAGACGUUCAAUCACUAUGAGUUGAACACAAGUUGAAUGAAAGGCGCACGUAUUUAUGUGCUUCAAAUAGCCUUUUACUCAUCUUAUUAGUAACACUAGAAAUGUCUCCUAUAAGCUCUUAACACCAUUGUCCUUAACUUUACAUUGUAUCUUCCUUAUAUUAGUAAAAUAAUAAUAAUAAUGUAUACUUGUUUGAACACAUUUAUCCUACUUUGUUACAAAAUGCACACCAUAUGCUUUUAUCUUGUGCUUUAAUUUAUUAAAAUAUAUAUACAUG